AAAAAAAUAAUUGAUAAAUUCAAAAAGGCAAUUAUAUAUACUUUGUACGAAAAAUUAAUUAGACAAAACUCAGAAAUUGCGAAUCGAGCGGUGACAGCAGAACCAGCACCCAGGCGGCAGGCGGUGCGAACAAAAAUGGUGGCGUGGGAGGUGCUUGAUGCCGAGUGCGAUGAGGAGACUCGGCAGGCAAAGGACCAGGGUAGCCUCAUCUCCCUGUAUGAAGUGAUCAAGCUCACCUACUUCCAUCCCAGUGAGCAGGUGGAAGGUCUGCCUCUGGUGAGUGCCAGUGCAGGAUGGGGCCAGGUGGCAGUGGCUCUGGACCAGAUGCUGUUCGUGUUAGGAGAGAACUGCUCCUCCCUGGUGCUGCAUCUCACCUUGGAGGAAGCAGUGAGCCUGGUGCUGUGGGCACCACAGGGGGAGUUCUUGAUGGUGGGAGAUGUUGCCGGCAGAAUCCAUUACAUCCAUGUGGCCUCACACAAACUGCUCACCACAAGGCAGCUUCCCAUCAAAAAGAAGAAAGGAAAGGUGUUUGUUGGAGGACGCUGCUUCCAGGCGAGUGAUGGCAGCUUCACAAUGUCUCUUGCUACCUCUUGUGGCCAGAUCUUCAGCCUGAAUAAUAUAGACAAUGUUGCUCUGAGUGAAGGCCUGAGGCUGAGGAGUGAAGACACUCUGAAGACUGUGGCAGCAAACAUCACCCUGACGGAGCAGAGUUUUGAUCUUCACAAUACUGAGGUGUCCUCUGUGGAGAGCGGUGAUGGGAUGCUGUGGCUGUACUGUGCCAGUGAGGAUGGCCCCAUUCUGUGGAGUCCUUCCAGCCUGCAGGACCCCCAGCGGCCCCUCACCUGGACCCUCGCUCAACACUCAGCCUGCCGCUGUAUCAUACCUGUACAGAAUGCCAGGUACCUAGUGGUGCUGAGCAAGGAAGGGACUGUGGCAGUGGUGUGUGGUGUGACAGGCCUCACCCUGUGUGAAGAGGAUGCUGACAGACUGCCAAUCCUUGACAUGAAGCUGCUGCAGGAGGUGGAGGACCAGGCACAGUUCCUCUUUCUCCUUGAGGAUCCGGACUCAGGAGGCUGCCUGAUGAGGAUUGUAUCCUUCCCAGGAUUCACCACAAUAUAUGAGCUUGGCAUGACUCCAGGCACCUCCUUGGUAACUCUGGGGGAGGGGGCUGAAUCCAUCUUGUUUCUUGAGCCUGAAGUCACACUUGAUACAAAACUCAUCAAAAGUAUCAAGAUGAAGAGUAUUGUAGAUGGUGUGCCUGAAGCAAGACUGGCCAAGCUGUUAGUGAAGCACAAGUUCAAGGAAGCGGAGGAGUUCUGUGGCCUCUUCCAGCUGGAUGUGGAGGAGGUGCACAGGUCCCGAGCACAAUACUUGUGUGACCUGCUGAAUCCCUGGCACACCACCAAUGCCACAGCCAGUCUCACUAUGCUGGACAUGGAGGCAGGCAGCAGUCUGAUGGAAGAGCUGCUUGCCACACUGGAGAAGAUCCGGGAUGCUGGGUUUGUCACCACCAUUUGCAUUGAGGCUCCCAUGACCAACCUGGCCAGCACCAAGAGGAUCCUCAGCUAUGCCAAGGAACGCCUUGCUCAGGCAGCUCAGUCUGAAGUAGGUGACAAGAUGAGUGAGUUGAUGCAGAGAGUGUGUGAGACGUUCUACCGCCUCCGCACCUUUGAGACUGUCUUCCCCUCCUCCGACAUCCAGCACUGGCUCUCCUUCUCCCAUGCCGACAUGCUGGAGGAGUGUUUGGAGCACCUCAUUCAGGGAAACUUGGACGUGGUGUCAACAUUUUGGCACCGACACCAAUAUGAGUUCAGCCACCUGAUGGACGAGGAGCAUGUGGCACAGGUGCUGGCAUCAAUACCCCACAACAUCCCCUCCUCCAUCCUGUGUCAGUGGCUGCCUAAAAACAUUCUGGCAGACUUGGUGAUGUUAUGCCGCAGCUCCUUGGACAUGAUUGCCAUCUGGGCUGACGAGUGGGUCAAGAAGUUGGAGGUGUUGGAGAAGACCAAGUGGCCUGCCUGUGGCCUGAACCUUGCCAACACCAUCAUCACUGUGCUGGAGAAUGUCUCCUCUGACUUCCUGGCAGAUGGCAGUGCGGAGAACACCAUGGCUGGACAGGUUGCCUUCUCCCCAUCUGCAGCACUGCAGCAGCUGCAGCAGACAGCACAUGCUCUGCAGGACCUUCAGUUACUGGCCUCCAAGUUUAGGAUCAAAAUAAAACUGAACCAGUACACUCAGGAUGACAAGAUGGGGGCAGUGUCUGCUCUGCUGGACUGCUUGGUGUGUGGGGAGGAGGUGGCUUCCCUGAUGGAUGGCUUCUUAAGGGGAUUCUUUGUACGGCACCAGCUGGAUCAAGAUCUCCUCCUCUCCCGCUACAUACUGGAGACCCUGGCCAGCGCCGACCAGGACUGGUGGGCCUGGCAGGAGGCCCCAUGGGAGGACAAGCUGUAUGCCAUCAUUGAUGUCAUGUCUGACACCCAGUUGCGAGCUGAAGUAUUGCUAGAGUGUGUGCGUGUGGCGCCAGUGCCAUGGAGUAAGGGGACGCAGGCAGCCUGUGAGUUGGGGGUCUCCCUCAACACCUCCCGGACCAGUCAGCUGGAGGACCAGCGGAACAUGGUGGGCCUCAAGCUGGUGCUGCGCCGUUACUCACUCCACAUGGUGAAGAUUGAGGACCCCAGGAUUGCAGAGAUGAUCUUGAGGAACAUUGUGUCACACGACAAGGCCACAGUGAUGGAGGAUGCCUUGCACGUUGUGAACAGCUACCGCCACUUGUGCCAGAGUGAUGCAUAUGUCUUCCGUGCCAUCCACCUGCUUACCACAAGAGAUAUUGAUAGCACCAAAGAAUUACUCUUGGGACUAAAUGACAGUCUCCAGAAGCCAGUAUGCCAGAAGCUGAUAAUUUACAUGACUCAGAUGCUGCUGCACCGACCACUUUCACAGAAGAUGAAGGCCAACCAUGAGGCGAUGACCAAAGGUGUGAUAGAGCUGGAGGCAGUGCUGAUGAAGUGGGUCCCAGCAGGCAGCCUUGCAGAGCACAGAGAAGUCUUCUCAGUUGCCCCUAGACUUCAUGCUCUCCAGACUCAUUACAACUUGUACCCAACCUUGAGUGAGAUGGAAGACAGGACAGUAUGCAAGACUCUUCUGCAAGAUCAAGUCACCGCAUGGUUCAAAGAGAAUGUUUUCGACCUUAAUGCAAAAGAACAGUUGGCACUUGAAGCAGAUGAUGACAAGAGUGUGAAGAGAAAGAGCCUCUUCAAUGUGCCUCCUGCUCCCCCUGCCUCCAGUCCUCUGGCUGCGAGGACGGAAGAUGUGUGGGCAGGCAUGAGUCGCCUGCAGUGGCUGGCUUCCCUGCUUGGGGUGGCCAGAUCUGAUCUUCUCUCCCACCUUGCCUCACUCUCCUCCAGGAGUGGGAGGCUGGAAGAGGCCAUCCAGAUAUGCCAGAAGCUGUUGGCUGACCCCAGCAUCAAGGAGUGCAGCAGCGUAGUGUACCAGGUGGUGAGGCUGGUGGUGGAGCAUCUAAGCCAGUCUUCACACACCUCAGAGUGUCCCACCUUCCUUAAUUCCUCAGCAUUGCAGGAGAGAGAGACCACUGUGAAAUCCCAUGCCAAUCUCAUCAACAUUGUUUAUGAGCUCGUGAGUGCUGCCCAGCUGCAUGCACCUCCAGAUUUGCUGUACUCAGUGCUGGAGCUGGGGAGCUGGUGUCAGGUGGGUCAGAUGUUGUACUCACAGUGCCAUGUGGAGGGAGUGUACACCAAUGGUAGCACUGAUCCCCACACCCUGAGUGACCCUUACACCUCCUGGAGAUUCAGUCCUCUGUUCUGUGAUGCCAGCAUCCCCAUUGAGGACCUGGUAGUGUUGCCAGUUGUCACCCAUGCCUUGAAGGGCUGCCUCAUUUCUCACAUUCCUACUCAGAACACUAACUUGAUGCCAUACCAGAACAGUCCAGGGACAACAGCCAGCCUGGGAGCAAAUGCAGACUUCACCAGCAGCUUGCAGUACCUUGUGACUCACCUGCAUGAGCGUGGCCAGGACCUGCUUGCCCUCCAGCUGUGCCUCAAGAUGGUGCAACAGAACCCUGAGUCACUUCCUGCAGGAUUUAUACCAGACUGGAAGCAGGUGUUCACCAUCCUUCUGAAGGUCAUUGGAACACCCAAGCCAGACAUCACUCUGGCUAUUGGUUUGCUGCUGCUGCUGCCAAAGAAGGAGGCUCUUAGAGUGCUGAAUGAGCUGAUCAGGAGAUUUGGGUUUGACUACAUCAAGUUGAUGUCUAUUGGUGCAGCAGGGAAGGACUACAGCAGUUUGCUUGGGCUGACUGAUGUGAAGGAGCAGUUUGAGGUAUUGGUGAAAAGAGCCCAGUGGGGCAAGCGACUGUCUGACAUGAAUGUUUCAUUCAAGGAAGCUUUUAGAGGUGACACAGUGGCUCUUAAGGCAGUUGUUAGCAAUCUAGUCUCUCAGCCAACCUGCACAUUUCCUCUCCUCCAUGAGUACUGCGAAGACUUUGGGAUAGAUGUGACUGACUCAUUGCUGUGCUACCUGCAGACAACUCUCCACUCAUGGUCUCCUGUAGUGCCAGACAAGAAGCCUCUGCCUGGCGAGGUGGUGCAAGUUGAGCCUCCACAUGCUGUCCUGUCCAAGUGUGAGGCCAUCAUUGCUGAGGUGAAAAGUAAGGCUCUGCUCUUUGAUAUGCUUUCAUCAGAGGUGGAGCAGCUGAGCCCUUACAACUAUGAGUUAAUUCAUCUGGUGUUGCAGCAGCUCAUUACCCUCCAGGAAUUCUCACAAGACAUGGAACUUCACAGGCGAGGACUCGACGUGAUCAGCUUUCUGAAGGUGUACCCCCGCCAGGCUCCGCCAAGCAAUGCUGAGGUGGAUGAGUGGAUAGCCAAACACCCACAGAGCCAAGCAGAGCCAGACAUUGCUAAAUAUCGACUUCCCUUCCAUGAAGUUUACAUUCAUAGUUCAAGUUUUACAAAGACAGUGGAGGCAGAACUCAAUAUUUCAACCCUUGACAUCUGGCUUCAGGCAUCACACAUCCUGAAGCUCAAUGCUGACCACAUGUGCCUGUCGGCUGUUCACAACACUGUGUCCAAGACAAUGGAGCUGGAGGCUGCCACGAGACAGAAGCUCAGCACCUCCUCUGAGUCAGUGACCUCAACAACAACACCAAAAUGGAGGCUGUGCAGCUCCCACAGCAACCUGCUGGCACAGGUCAGCCUGGUUAUCUGCAGGAUGCAGGACUACCAGCUCGCUGCAGCCUGCUGUACCUGGAUGGUGAACCGGCUUCCUCCAGGUGCUGACAAAGUGGAGGCUGUCAAGAGGAGCUGCAUGUUGGUGCAGCAGUGGAAGGAAGACACUGCAGACCCCAAGGCUGUCAGUGCCCAUGCCAAGAUGGAGAAGUGGUACCAGCAGCUGGGCUGUGAGCAUGCCCUGCACAAACAUGGGCUGGCUGAGCCCCAGUAUCUGUCCCUCACCCGCAGCCCUCGCCAGCUGAUCACUGCCCUGUACCACCAUCCUGCCCUCAGCUCCCUCUCCACACUCUGCACCCACAGUAUGCCUGACAUCAACGCUUGUGUCUCAGAAAUUUGCACUGUUACCCAACUUCAGAAGGUGGCAAUCCUGCUUGACCUCCUGGAGCAGUGGCUGCCAGCUCCUGAGGACACCAUGGGAGGUGGACUGGAUGAGACUGUCACCAACUUCAAGAUCUCACUGGACCCCACAGAGGCAGCUGAGAAUACACAAGACAAUACUUCACUUUCCAGGGUCAUCUAUCUGCUGAAGUGUUGCCCCCAGGAGGAGGCUGUGAGUUACCUCCUCCAACGAGCAUUGUCCGAGGACACCAGCAUACCUGCCUCUCACUGCCUGCGUGCCUUGCGCUGCCUCCUGGCCAUUGCUGACGAGGCCACCAUACAGAAGAAGUACCCACAGGGCAUAGCUGGGCUGAGGAAUCUCCUUAAGUCACUGAAGUAUGUAAGUCGCCUGGAGGCCUUGGGGCACACCAGCACUGUGCAGCAUUUCAAUGGUAUGGACAAGAAUGCCUUAGUGGAGGGACUGUGGCGCACCCAGCGACACAAUCCCAAGGCCCUGUGCCUCAUUACAGACAUCUGUCAUGACUAUAAGGUGACAGCGGCUUCUCUGUGGGGUGCCUUGCUCAUGCAGCUCACACACUUUGUCAAGAUUGGACAGCUGGAGGUGUCUGUGAUGGAGCGAGUGUUAGUGCAGCUGAAGAGUAUGCCACACCUGUUGGUGGUGCCAGCCCUCACCACUGCUUGGACCACCCUCAUUGCAUACCCUUUCACUAAAGCUGUGGCUCCUGUAAGUGAGACCAGCCUAGCCAGCUGUGUGCACAGUGUAGACCUGCUGCUGCGACACUGCCCUGUGGUGGUGUCCACAGCACCCCUUCUGCAAUACUGUGCAGACCUAAGCUUGUCAGUACUUGGCCUGGCUAUUGCUGCUGCUGACCUAGACAACUCUCAUGACCUGCAGAGCAUGGUUGAGGCAGCUGACUAUAACACCUUGAAGAACACAUACCUCAAGCUGAAGCCCCAGUUUGCCUUCCCCAAGCGUGUUGAGGAGCUGCUGGAGUGAUUCUUCUCGCCUGUGUAGAGGAAAGUGCCUGAGUGAGGUAACUGUACAGCCUCUUGGAAUGUAGGAAUCCCUCGCCUUUACAUCAGUUAUCAUCUUGUUUCUCUGUCUGGUUAAGGAAUUGCCUCACAUUAAUAACACUGUAGAUAUUUAUAAUAAUCAUAUUUUGUUAUUGAUUACUGGAAGAUAGACUUAAUGUCUUCUGUAAAAAGCAUAACUUCACAUUUAAAAAGAAUAUUGAUAUGGCAGCCGUGUUUUGAGAAAGGGCUUGGAGAAUUUCAAGUAAAGUGUUUAACUGCAAA